CAGGGAGGCAGUAGCAGCAGUUGAUUCCAGUGAGGCGAGUUUAUUUACUUCCGGUGAAGAGUUCAGCUGGUCCUGAAUGAUAAAGUAGUGAAGAUAAAGGAAAGCAGCAAAGAUGGAGUCCAGUGAGGAGGGGGGCCUCAGUGUCGGGGGCUCUAUGGGAGAGGAGAACUACUUCUUGGGAUACACCUUCACCGACCGCUCCCACUCCAGCCGGGUGGUGAAGAGCAUCAUGGACCUGUGCCUGGAGGACGGCCUGUUCGCUGAUGUCACCAUUACUGUGGACAGCAAAGAGUUUCACCUUCACCGACUCGUGCUCUCAGCGCAGAGCAGUUUCUUCCGCUCCAUGUUCACCUCUAACCUUAAAGAGUCCCACAACCGCGCUAUUGAGUUGAAAGAUGUCAGUGCCACUGUCUUUCAGCUGCUGAUUGACUACAUCUACCACGGCACAAUUAAACUGAGGGUAGAGGAGCUGCAGGACACUUAUGAGAUGGCAGACAUGUACCAGCUGACGGCUCUGUUUGAGGAAUGCUCCCGCUUUCUCUCACGGACAGUGGAGGUCAAGAGCUGCCUGCAGGUGAUGUGGCUUGCAGACAGACACAGUGACCAGGAGUUGUAUACUGCUGCUAAGCACUGUGCUAAAAUCCACUUGGCCCAGCUGCAUCAGACUGAAGAAUUUCUCAAUCUGCCUCUCUGUCUGCUCUUGGACAUCAUCAAAGAUGGCGUUCCAAGCUCCCAGAAUCCAACAGUGGCAAUCGAGUCGUGGAUAAACCACAACAAGGUGGAGAGAGAGGAGUUUUCUUGUAUCCUCCAAGAAAAUCUCAAGGAAAUUGGUGAGAAUGUCCACAUUUACCUGAUCGGUAAAGAGGAGACAAGGACUCACUCCUUGGCUGUGUCACUUCACUGUGACGAGGAUGAUGCGAUCAGCGUGAGUGGCCAGAACAGUUUAUGCCAUCAGAUCACUGCAGCCUGUAAACACGGAGGGGACCUGUACGUGGUGGGGGGGUCUAUCCCUCGCCGCAUGUGGAAGUGCAACAUGCACACCAUGGACUGGGAGCGCUGUGCCCCACUGCCCAGAGACCGCCUCCACCACACCAUGGUCUCUGUCUCUACUGAGGAUGCAAUCUACUCACUAGGAGGUAAGACCUUGCAAGACACACUCUCUAAUGCCGUCAUCUACUACACAGUGAAGGACAACAUGUGGACAGAGACCAGCCAGCUGGACACUGCAGUGUCCGGGGCUGCUGGCGUUAACCUGGGAGGUACCAUCUACCUGCUUGGAGGGGAGGAGAAUGACAUGGACUUUUUUACUAAGCCAUCCCGUCUCAUUCAGUGCUUUGACACCUCCUCCCAGAAGUGUCAGAUCAAACCUUACAUGCUGCCGUUUGCGGGCUGCAUGCACGCCGCUGUCCACAUGGACGUGAUCUUUAUCGUAGCAGAAGGAGACUCCCUUGUGUGCUACAACCCUCUGCUGGAGAGCUUCACCCGCCUGCGCUUCCCUGAGGUGUGGAGCUGUGUCCCUUCACUGUGGAAGGUGGCCAGCUGUAACGGCUGCAUAUAUGUCUUCAGGGACAAAUGCAAGAAAGGUGACGCAAACACGUUAAAGUUUAACCCGGCUACAUCUGUCGUCUCCGUUAUAAGAGGUAUAAAAAUCCUCCUCACAAACUGGCAGUUUGUUCUGGCCUGAAUUGUCCUUUGGAUGUUCACACUGUGGUCCACACACUCACCACAGAGAAUCAGGGAAGACUGUUGGAUAACUUACCAUGACUUCAGGAGGAGACCUGUUCUAAAUGUAUUUACUCAUCUGGUUUCUGUGUCACUCAUUCCAUUCAGACUCCACCAUCCGACCAGUAAAAACCAUUCAGUGGUGUGCAUCACUUGCUUGUGGUACUGUGUGUCUCAUUGUGGAUCCCUUAGCUGAGAAGUUGAACAGUUUGUGGUGAUGCUGUAACCAGUGAUGAACUAAUCAACAUUGUUUUCCUGUGCACUGCUCGUUUAUUGACACGCAUGAACAGCUUCAGCGUAAAAACUUAACUGAACAUUAAAACAUCCUUCAGUAUAUUGUAUGUGAACAAGUGUAUCAUGGUGAUGUAGGCUGAAUAUCCUCAGAUGUCAUAUUUCAAGUCAGUGUGCAUAAACAUGAUAACAGAGGAUGUUUUCUAACUUUUCAAAUUUUCACAGUUUCUUGUCUUAAGAUUGUAUUUUUUGAUGUACAAUGUACAUGUUCAAGUUAAGCUGUUAACAUAAAUGUCAAAUAUAUCGCUGUAGCUUCAAGUUCUCAUUGUUUGUUUUGAUAUUGAUGGUCCUUUAGCCUUUAUGCAUUAAUUGUCUCUUGCUAUUAUUAAUAUGUUUAUUACCAGAGAUUUAGGAUAUUUUACUGUAGCAAUUAUACAGUGAUGCAUUAAGAAAUGGUACACCUUUCUGCUGUGUAGCUAUUGAAAGCUUUGUCUAAACAAAGACAUAACCUCUAACCGUAUUUUCUUUGGAUUGGUAAUGCAUC